UGCGUCUUUUUGGGAGGCGAAGUAUGGUGGCGGCAAUGCUAUGGAGCUUCCGCUACUCCUCUGCUUUCAUGCCAUCAGGUUAGGAAGCUAGCAAGAGAGCUAAGCUAAGCUAAGCUAAGCUAGCGGCACGCUAGGCCUCCAGCAGACCAGCGGGGAGCUGCCAGGAUCAAACACAGGAGAUAAACAUCCCUUUAUGAAUCUGCAUGAGAACAAUUAAAAUCCCAGAAAUAUGGUGGUUCUCAAAAUUCGAGACCAGCCUGCUUUGCUGAAAGCUAUUUUCAAUGUGGACCCAGAUGAAGUACGCUCGCUCAUAUUCAAGAAAGAGGAUGUGAAUGCACAGGACAAUGAGAAGAGAACUCCAUUGCAUGCUGCUGCUUAUCUCGGAGAUGCAGAAAUAAUUGAGCUGCUGAUUCUUUCAGGUGCCAGAGUAAAUGCCAAAGAUAACAAGUGGCUGACUCCUCUGCACCGGGCAGUGGCCUCCUGCAGCGAGGAGGCUGUCCAGGUGUUGCUGAAACACUCUGCAGACGUAAACGCCCGAGACAAGAACUGGCAGACGCCGCUCCACAUCGCUGCAGCCAAUAAAGCGGUCCGCUGUGCUGAAGCCCUCGUCCCUCUGCUCAGCAAUGUGAAUGUGUCAGACCGAGCCGGCCGCACCGCGCUGCACCAUGCAGCCUUCAGCGGGCACCUGGAGAUGGUGAGGCUGCUGCUCUCCAGAGGAGCUAACAUCAAUGCCUUCGACAAGAGGGACCGCCGUGCAAUCCACUGGGCAGCCUACAUGGGACACAUAGAGGUGGUGAAGCUGCUGGCGUCUCAUGGAGCGGAGGUGGCCUGCAAAGAUAAGAAGUCCUACACCCCACUGCACGCUGCAGCCUCCAGCGGCAUGAUCAGCGUGGUCAAAUACCUCCUGGACCUGGGGGUGGAUAUCAAUGAGCCCAACGCGUACGGCAACACGCCGCUCCACGUGGCGUGCUACAACGGGCAGGACGUGGUGGUCAACGAGCUGAUCGAGUGCGGCGCUAACGUCAACCAGGUGAACGAGAAGGGCUUCGCUCCGCUCCACUUCACCGCUGCGUCUCGCCACGGGGCGCUCUGCCUGGAGCUGCUGGUGUGUAACGGGGCUGAUGUCAACAUCAAGAGCAAAGAUGGAAAGACUCCGCUCCACAUGACGGCCAUCCACGGGAGGUUCUCUAGGUCUCAAGCAAUCAUUGAGAAUGGUGCUGAGAUUGACUGUGAAGAUAAGAACGGAAAUACGCCGCUGCACAUCGCAGCUCGAUACGGACACGAGCUGCUCAUCAACACCCUCAUCACAAACCGAGCUGACACGGCCAAACGGGGUGUUCAUGGGAUGUUCCCACUGCAUCUGGCUGCUCUCAGUGGAUUCUCUGACUGCUGCAGGAAGCUGCUGUCUUCUGGAUUUGAUAUUGAUACUCCUGAUGACUUUGGAAGGACCUGUUUACAUGCUGCAGCUGCUGGAGGAAACCUGGAAUGUCUCAAUCUCCUCCUCAACACGGGGGCUGACUUUAAUAGGAAGGACAGCUUUGGCAGGACCCCUCUGCACUAUGCUGCUGCCAACUGUAACUACCAGUGCCUGUUUGCUCUGGUGGGCUCCGGGGCCAGCGUCAACGACCUGGACGAGCGAGGCUGCACGCCGCUCCACUACGCCGCUGCCUCCGACACAGACGGAAAGUGCCUGGAAUAUUUACUGAGAAAUGAUGCAAAUCCAGGGAUACGAGACAAUCAGGGCUACAACGCUGUCCACUACGCCUCGGCGUACGGACACCGCCUCUGCCUGGAGCUGAUUGCAAGUGAAACACCUCUAGAUGUGCUGAUGGAGACCUCAGGAACAGACAUCCUGAAUGACUCUGAUGUCCGAGCCCCCGUCAGCCCCCUGCACCUCGCUGCGUACCAUGGUCACCACCAUGCUAUGGAGGUCCUGGUGCAGUCUCUGCUGGAUCUGGAUGUGAGGAACAGCCAGGGACGCACGCCGCUGGACCUGGCAGCCUUUAAGGGCCACGUGGAGUGUGUGGACGUCCUGAUCAACCAGGGCGCCUCCAUCCUGGUCAAAGACUUCACCUUAAAGCGAACCCCCAUCCAUGCUGCAGCUACUAAUGGUCAUUCAGAAUGUUUGCGUUUGCUGAUUGGAAAUGCUGAUCUUCAAAGUGCCGUAGACAUUCAGGAUGGGAACGGACAAACCCCUCUGAUGCUGUCGGUCCUGAGUGGACACACUGACUGUGUGUAUUCUCUGCUGAAUAAGGGAGCUAAUGUAGAAGCCAAAGACAAGUGGGGCAGGACAGCCCUGCAUAGAGGAGCGGUGACCGGGCAUGAGGAGUGUGUGGAGGCCUUGCUGCAGCACAGCGCCAACUUCCUGGUGCGAGACUGUAAAGGGCGCACACCCGUCCACCUGGCAGCAGCAUGUGGACACAUUGGGGUACUGGGAGGCCUGCUGCAUGCUGCCCAAUCAGUGGAAACACUCCCUGUCUUAACAGACAACCAAGGCUACACCCCACUGCACUGGGCCUGCUACAAUGGUCAUGAUACGUGUGUGGAGGUUCUGCUGGAGCAAGAGGUUUUCCACAAGGCAGAAGGCAGCUUGUUCAGCCCGCUCCACUGUGCUGUAAUCCAUGACAACGAAGGAGCUGCUGAGAUGCUGAUAGACACUCUGGGCCCUGCUAUCGUCAACGCCAAAGACAGUAAAAACAGGACCCCUCUCCAUGCUGCUGCCUUCACUGACCAUGUGGAGUGUCUCCAGCUGCUGCUGAGCCACAACGCUCAGGUGAACAGCGUGGACGCUGCAGGAAAGACCUCGCUGAUGAUGGCGGCUGAGAACGGCCAGACCAACGCUGUUGAACUGCUGGUGAGCAGUGCGAAAGCAGAUCUGACUCUGCAGGACGCUGUGAAGAACACGGCUCUUCACCUGGCCUGCAGUAAGGGACAUGAAACCAGUGCCUUGUUGAUAUUGGAGAAGAUUACAGACAGAAACCUCAUAAACGCCACAAACGCCGCCUUACAGACGCCUCUACAUGUGGCUGCAAGAAACGGUUUAACUGUGGUGGUGCAGGAGCUGCUAGCUAAGGGAGCUAGUGUACUAGCAGUGGAUGAAAACGGUUACACCCCCGCCUUGGCCUGCGCCCCCAACAAAGACGUGGCGGACUGCCUGGCUCUGAUCCUGGCCACCAUGAUGCCUGUGUCCCCCGGCCCCCCGGCCCCCGCCCUCCCCUUCAGUGCCAUGAACCACUACACCACCAGCCCCUCUAAGAGCGUGACCUUCGACAGCCUGCCGGCGCUGCGCGGCGAGCACAGCUCCUACUGCAGCUUCAACAACAUCAGCCAUCAGGACGGCCUCUACAAGGACGAGGAGCUCAACGACUCGGACUCAGAGACCUACUGAGGACCGUUAAUGCAGAAACACACACACUGUGUCUUAAAAACACCCACCGCCAGCCGGGAGGGCAGGAGAAGAAAGAAAAGCCCCACAGGAGCCUUAAGAGUCCCCGUCCCCCCCAACCCUAGCAGAGAGGGAGGAGGUGCAGCAGGCUGGCCCACACCCAUCCCGACCUCAUCAGAACCAGAACUGGACCUCCUCCAGCACCAAGACUGGACCUCCUCCAGAACCAGGUGUCCUUCAGCUGGUCCUGGACCUCCUCCAGCACCAGGUGUCCUUCAGCUGGUCCUGGACCUCCUCCAGCACCAGGUGUCCUUCAGCUGGUCCUGGACCUCCUCUAGAACCAGGUGUCCUUCAGCUGGUCCUGGACCUCCUCCAGCACCAGGUGUCCUUCAGCUGGUCCUGGACCUCCUCCAGCACCAGGUGUCCUUCAGCUGGUCCUGGACCUCCUCUAGAACCAGGUGUCCUUCAGCUGGUCCUGGACCUCCUCCAGCACCAGGUGUCCUUCAGCUGGACCCAGUAACCGCUGCUUUCCCAACACUGACUGAGUGCUGAGCCUGUAGUCGUGGGGCAGACAGGAUCUUUUGUACGGCAAUAACUGCUGCAGAGGGCUGGUAGCAGGUCAGAGAGCUGGACCGCCAGGGACCAAACCACGUGGAAGCAUUUUAACCAGUUUUAACUGUAAAUUACAUUGUUGGGUUAUUGGUUAUCGGGGCGAGAGGAGCCAGGUUCUUGAUGAGUUAAAGGUUGAUACCGCACACUACAUCCGUCAAAAUAAAAUGCACUUGUCCUUCGAGUCUGUAAGUCAUACAGGCGGAAAAUCUUUUAUUUUUGAGAUCAAAAUUUUAAUACACCCAUGUUCAUGAAUGAGUCCUCUGAAAAGAAAACAAAUCUGAUUUCCUGACCCGAGUAAUUUAAACACUUGAUAUGUACUCCUUAUUUUAAGUUGAUCGACCUCACCCUUUGUAUAUUGACCUGUCCAUUGCGGUUUAGUCUUUGAAGAAUAAAUUAUUUGUGUAAUUUCGGUUCCUAUUUAUGUGUUCAUUUGGUGCCUUCAUUAGUUACUGAGGAGAUGAGAUGAGUUUGUUGAGGCAGCUGUGAGUACAGUGAUGCGCACUAGGUAAGUAACGAGACUUUUCUAAAGCACUGAUCCUGGACUGACGUAUCUGAGGAGAAACACUGUAAACCAAUGAUAGGACAGCGUUUGAUUUGCUUCUGUUUGAAUUAUAUUUUUGCUCUAAUACUAGUCAAUGUUUGUUGACAGGUUUUGCUUGCUUUAACUUCAAAAAAAGAAACCACUUGAUCCUACCAUGAUUCAAAACGCCCCUUUUCUCUGUGGAAAAAUCCUUUUAACUGGAAAUAUGUACAAUACAUUUGCUAGCUUCUUUAGAAUGGGAAAGAUAUUUUUGUCUUUUUCUUGCUUUUUCUUGAAGAGGGAUGAAACUAGCAUGUAUAUAGAAAUUAUGACUGUGAAUUCAACGCUCCAAUGAAUUCUUUCAGUACUGAGAUUGCUGUAUAUUUUAUGAGUAAUAAAGAAAUGAGUUAUUUAA